AACAUUGCACACUUCCGUUUUCCUUGAAUCAUUGAAAUGAUAAAUUGUGUGUACCCAACACGAAUAGGACUAAUUCUACAAUAUAUCAGUUGGUCAUAAAUGGCUAGAUCCGAGAAGAGGUUGGACGUGUGUUUGUUAUACUCGAACAACGCAUCUAGCCAGACAUGUUCUGAAGUGCUAGUGUCAUUGGUAGGAGAAACACCAGAUCCCAUUCAUUCAUGGCCAGGCGGAGUAUCGUGUCCUUUGUUGAUAGUACGAAAUGGAUUAUACUUUUCUAUAUGUUAAUUUCUCAACAAAGUAAUGCCACAGCUUGCCGUGGCCAUUGUUCCGACCUGGGCUGUGAUUCAGACGAAAGGUGUUAUGCAUGUAAACACCAGUGGUAUGGCGAAAACUGUAACCAGCGAUGUUCAGACUCUUGUUCUUUUACGCACAUCGAAACUAACACCGAAAGCAGCUACCUCAGAAUCUGUGACAGACUAACCGGCACAUGCAAGGAACCGUGUAGUUCUGGAAGCAAAGGUCCAACAUGUGAUGACGAUUGCAACUUCGGCUGUGCGUUGGGCGGAGAUGGGGACAACUAUGGAAAUAGCUGUGACCGGUACACAGGUGUAUGUCGGUUUGGAUGUAAAAGCCAAUACCACAGUCCCAAAUGCGACAAGAGGUGUAGCGUGGGGUGUAAAUCGCGGUAUGUAGGGGAACACAUACAGAACUGCAGCUCCAUAACGGGGGAAUGUGAUGCCGGAUGUAUGCCAGGGUGGUGUGGGGGACCAUGCACCAACCAGUGUAGCGAACAUUGUGUCGGUGUACUGAACACAUAUUACGGCAAAAAUAUUCGCGAAUGUGAAUGCAAUGGUGAAGUUGCUGGAAAAUGUAAAAAUGGAUGUGAGGACGGCUGGUACGGAAGUAACUGCGAGUGCACUGAAGAAAUAGUUGGAUGUGACGAAAGAGGAUGUAACAAAACAACUCAUGACUGCAUCGGUUGCCUUCCAGGUCUAUUUGGAACUAAUUGUGAGGAGUCAUGUUCUACAGGGUGUGUCGGAUGCCACAGGGACACGGGGGAAUGCCAGCAAUGUAAGCCUGGAUGGUAUGGUACCAAGUGUACUGAGAAAUGUAGCUUAGACUGCUUCAACAACACAUGUGAACAGGAUACUGGGAAAUGCCUUCCCUGUCCAGUAGGAUAUUUUGGUCGUUCAUGUGACUUAGCAUGUACCCAGGACUGUGACUCCCAGGGCUGUCAGCGGGAUAAUGGCACCUGUGUCCAAUGUCCGGAAGGGAGAUAUGGUUUGAAAUGUCAACAUGUCUGCUCGGAGACCUGCCAGGAAUCUGGAUGCGAGAGAUUUGAAGGCGCGUGUUUUUCCUGCCAGACAGGAUACACCGGUGUUACAUGUGCGUGUAGAGGUAACUGUAAAAAUGACGAAUGCCCCGAUUCCAAGUGUGUUUCGUGUGAGACUGGGUUUUAUGGAGAAGGAUGCGAUAUAAGGUGUUCGGCGCACUGUGUCGACCAAGCGUGUGACCAGACUACAGGAGCAUGUCUCGGAGAAUGUGAAAAUGGCUGGUACGGUGAUAAAUGUGACUGCGUUGGCCUUUGUGACACAAGUGGAUGUGGUGCGGUGACAAAGUUCUGCGAGGGAUGUCAAUCUGGAUGGCAUGGAGUUUAUUGCAAUUCAUCCUGUCCACUCAACUGUGGUGAAAAUGGAUGCAAUAUGUUAACCGGACGAUGCCAUCGCUGUAGAGAGGGCUAUUACGGACAUACAUGUUCGUGUACGGGGGAGUGCGCACAAUCUGGCUGUUCACCCGAUGGAACUUGUUACGAAUGUGCGUCAAGAUUUUACGGGCAAAAAUGUAGACAGGAAUGUCCGGUAAACUGUCAUGGGGCGUCUUGUAAUCGCGAUGACGGGAUAUGUAGCGGAUGUCAAGCAAGCUAUUUUGGUGACAAAUGUGAUUCGUCCUGUCCUCAAAAUUGCAAGAAUCAUUCUUGUAUUCAGGCCUCCGGUGAAUGUGAAAGCUGUUCUCUAGGUUUCCAUGGUGUCACAUGUGAGAAGACCUGCCCUUUGCACUGUCUUGAUGACGAAUGUGAUCAAGUGACUGGGAGAUGCAGUAGGGGUUGCAAGCCAGGCUGGUUUGGGGACCAGUGUCAGUGUACGGGGCACUGCGGAAACACGGGAUGUGACUUAAACGGAACGUGUAAAGAAUGUGCCGUUGGUUGGUUUGGGAGUGAUUGUUCUGUCGCCUGUUCAAAGAAUUGUGUUGAAACGUGCGGUCGAAUGACUGGGACGUGCGAUGCUUGUCCUGAGGGGUUUUUCAUGGCUGACUGCUCUUUAAGAUGUUCUGAAAACUGCGAUGGUCCAUGUGACCAGUUUAAUGGAACCUGUGCAUCGUGCAAACCAGGAAAGUCCGGCGCAAAGUGCGACUGUUCUGGCUACUGUGAUAAUUACGGAUGUAACGAUAACGGCCGUUGCUUUAAGUGCCGGAGUCGUUACUUUGGACGCGGAUGUUUGCAACUUUGUCCUCAACAUUGUCUGCGCCCGAAGUGUUCCCGGAAUUCCGGAAACUGUCGAAAUUGUACAAUGGGCUGGUAUGGGAAUAAAUGUGAUUGCACAGGACAUUGUGAAAACGGCAAAUGCUCACCAGAGGGUCGCUGUUUUAAAUGUGCCAAAGGUUGGUACGGCACGAACUGUACGGACAAAUGUCCUCGGAACUGUGCGGACGAUGUGUGCGAUCAACAAAGCGGCGAAUGCACUUCGUGUAAAACGGGAUGGUAUGGUUCUAGAUGCGAUUGUACCGGAAAAUGCGACGAAACGGGGUGUGACUCGGAAGGAGUAUGUCGUACAUGUGAGGCAGGGUAUCACGGCGAACAAUGUUUGGAUAUAUGUCCGUCGGUUUGCGGUGACAGAGGAUGCAACCGUCUCCAUCCACAGCAAUGUGACUGUGCCGAUGGCUGGUUUGGACAGACAUGUGACUGUUCAGGCCACUGUAGUGAGGAUAGAUGUAACUAUACCGGUGAGUGUUAUACGUGUGAAAACGGAUGGCGAGGGUCGCUUUGUACAAAACGUUGUCCGAAGCACUGUAACAAAAACAUCUGCAAACGGAAUGGACGAUGCCAUACAUGUGAAAAGGGGUGGUACGGCCCUCGAUGCAAAUGUCGUGGUCACUGCUCUGUUAAGGACGAAUGUAACAAAACAACAGGUAUGUGUAACGAAUGUGCACCAGGAUGGUUCGGUGAAUUUUGUGACCAAUCAUGUCCACGAAGCUGCAAUGGGUCAGGUUGUCAAAGAAACAAUGGACAAUGUUAUGGCUGUCUGAAUAAUUGGUACGGCAAAACAUGUGAAUGUACCGGCAACUGUGACAAAAAUGGAUGUGACAAAGUCACUGGACGAUGUUAUGCAUGUGAAAGGGGCUUCCAUGACAAAUUUUGUCUUUCUGAAUGUCCUGUAAACUGCGAUGCUUCCAUAUGUAACAGGACAUCGGGUGAUUGCUUAGGUUGUCCUGCAGAUUGGACUGGAUUAAAGUGCGAAUGUCGAGGUCCCUGUGACUCCGGCGGAUGUAACACCACUUCCGCCCGUUGCUACAAUUGUGCUUCGGGGUACUAUGGAGAACAUUGUGACGUGCCUUGUGGCGAUAACUGUACACUGUGUGAUCGACAGUGGGGUAUUUGUCGUACUUGUACGGAAGGAAUGUUCGAACGUAACUGCUCGCAGUUCUGUCCACAGGAGUGCGUCGGCGCAUGUACUUUCAUAAAUGGCGAAUGUGUGCGAUGCGAGAAAGGUAAAAUGGGUAAAUAUUGUACUCAAAAUUGCAGCAGUAACUGUUAUGAUAAUUUGUGUUCAAUUAAUGGUACCUGCCGUUAUGGCUGCAUCAGUGGUUGGGAAGGAUACAACUGCGGGUUGCAGAAAGAUGAGCAGACAGUUACCUUUGGAAUGUUGUGGAUUGUAGUGGUGGGAGUUGCUUCCUUUAUUGGAUUGGUACUACUGAUCGUUCGUCUCUCCUGCAUUCUAAAGAAGAAGCGGACGUCGGACGGAAGUGGAGAAUACACCAACAACACAUCUAAACCCACAAAGCGGAAACAGCGAAACUGGGGAGCGAUAGUACGACGAACAGACACACCGAGACCCGGACUUCGCCCAAUGACUGUCCACGUAGCUAAUGUCGGCAAUCCUGCAGCCGUUUCAGAACGUUAUGUUAUAGAGUAGAACAGAUUGCCGUGCGGUUGAUGCUGCUGUCCACGACCAAUUCGAUAAAAUCUUGCAAUGUGAGUGUGCAAGUGCAAAAAUGCAUGGGUGGUUCUGAGAGAUAUGGAUAGUGAUAGAAAAUUGGGGUGAAAGGCCGAAUGCGCGAGAGAAAGAGAGAUGAACAGCGUGUGAGAAAGAAAACAAGACAAAUUGUCAUGUUACAGGUAUUAGCUCGUGAAUACCACCAUACCUCGAUUUAGGCUAAAGCCAGUCCAUAAAUGUUCUUGAUUCUUCAUUAUCCAUCUACGGGAAGAAAUAAAUAUCGAUGCCAUGUGAUAUAACUUCUCGAAGCAGGCGAGGUCCUGUUUGAGACAGGUAGAUACCUACCUCUGAUUACUCCAGUCAUCAACUCUGACCAAUACGUGCAAUAUCCAUUAUGGACGUACAUAUGUCGGACCCAUUCACACCAGUUCAUUAUAUACGACCAUAGUUGUAUACUUAUUCCGUCUACGUUUUGAAUGCUGUCACCUUUGUGAUGCUAUAUAUGUAGUUGUAAAAGUUUUGUAACGUUUCUUAUUUUUAGUCUUCCUCUUAAGUUUCUAAUUUUAUAUUACAAACACCUAUAUGUGUAUUCGUCAAUUUUACAAAAAAGUGUUCCUUGUAAAAUUUCUUUCGUAGUUCAAACUUUGUGUUCGCUUUUGGACGUUCAGCAUUGAUAUUUUCACAUGCUUUGUAAUUAUGUUUGGAUGAUACAAAUCUACCUACGGCUCGUUCAUUUAAGUGUACCCUGAAUCAUUUUUGAUAUUUGAAACGUGAAAAAUUCCGCUUAACAAUAUAUUGUUUUAUCGAGAACUGCUUUGUAAACCGUUUACUCUUUUCCAAUAUAUAAGCCAUCAAAACCGACUGUGUUGACCUGUCAUAACCAAUCGGCAUCGAUACUGCUUGUAGAUUCCUAGAUGUGACGUCACACAUUAAUUGUUUUCUUUUAAGAAUGCCUAAUCAAACGUUUAAAAUAAGAUGGCAAUAAGGUGGCCAUUUUGAAUUUUUACAGUUGAAGUUUGUUGUCCUUGUUUAUCAGAUCAUCAUAGAUUUUUCUUAAAGUUAGAUUGUUCUUUGCCCCUAGUUGUGAAUGUUCCUUUUUGAGACUAAUUGGGAAUUAGAUGGCGAACAGGUGGUCAUUUUUAAUUUUGUCAGUUAAAGUUUGUUAUCGCUUUUCCUCAGAAAGUUCUUCAUGAUAUUUCUUGAAUUUUUGACCCCACUCCAAGUUUGUUUACUCUAUUUCUAACAGUGUUCUUGACGGACCUUUCUGAGAUUGAAUAUGCAGAUUCCUUCUUCACUUCUCCUACACAAAACAACAUGUAUUAAUAUUUCCUGUUCGGUUAUUGUGGUUAUAAUGCCAAGAAAAGAAUAGUUAACGUAUAAUUCGGAGGGAGCUCGGAAACCCACUGUUUAGGACGCGUCAUUGCAUUUAUUUAUACAUCAUAUCUGGUACAUAAUGUACGCAUUCCGCAUUAUACGUCUCUGGUACACAUAGGAAGUUCAAUUUCUAAUUCAGAUAACAUGUUCUACUUUUAAAAACUAAAAAUAGAAAUACAAUAAUCGAAAUAUGCUAAUCUUUAUGGAACGAUGUUUUAUUUUGACUGUUAUCUGCCGUCUGCGUUGAUUUCAAUUACCGUGAUAGUAGGAAAGUUUUGUCGGAGGUAGAAAAGUGUCAGUAGUUCCCAUUACUAACAUGAGCGAAGGAAUCGGUCGGUUUGUGGAAUGACGAUAGAAAAAGAAAAGCGUGUUUAAGCAGUAUUCUCGUUCGAGAAUUUUUCAGGUUAGCAAUAGAUUGGCUUCCCUAUCGAAAUAACAGUUUGACAAGGGAAAUGUAUGACUGAAUCUUGACGAAUUUAGCUUUUAGUUUUUAUCCCACUUCAUGAUAUGGUAGCUAUUCCAAUUUCUCGUAUUUUGUAGUUAGCAUAUAUCUUGUAGCUUUUUAGUCCCAGACUCUUAUCCAUGAUAAAGGUAAUGUGGUGCUGGGAGCCCUGCAUACAGUACGAGUGUUACUAAUAUCAGUCUGAAUGGUUAGGUCAUGCUGCUGUAUAGAAUGUUGCUUUUUACUAAAGAUAAGUUGUUGGUGUAUUUACGUUAAGAUAUAGACCAUUCUCGUUCAUUUUCCGUAAGCUCACGGUCAUCUCUGUGAUCGGCCAGUCAUUCAAAUUCUUUCUUUUUAGCUCACCUGGCCUGAAGGGGCGAUGAGCUUAUGCCAUGGCGCGGCAUCCGUCGUCCGUCAACAUUUGCUUCAAAUCCCUACUUGUCAUACAGUGUUAAAUUGAUUUGGCGAAUUUGGUAAGAAACCUCCUUAGGGAAAGGUGAACAGAUUUAGCAUAAAUAGUGACUCUGAACCCCCCCACCCAAUCCCUAGGGACUUAGUUUCUUGGUUAUACUUUUUGAAAUCGUUGAGAUCACCAUCCCAUAACCACAUAUAGCAUUGCUGGACAUCAAGGGAUAUACGUAAUACUGAUGUAAAACAGGUACAGGGGUCUUUCCCUACCCCGAGGGACUUAGUUUAUUUUAACACAAUCAUGUUGUUAAAACAAUCCUUGGGGUCUUUUCACACCCCUAGGAAACCUGGACAUCGUUUCUGGGUUAUUUCUAUAAAGCAUUUGAGAUCCCCACGCCAUAAGUAUAUAGUGUUUGACAUCAACAAAUAGAGCUAUUAACAAAUUGAACACGAACAUUCCAACCAGGUGAGCGACUCAGGCCCUUUAGACCUCAUGUUUGUUUUUGUUUGGAUGAUUACAGUUGUCAGUUUUCUGCGUUGGGCGGAAGCCGAUGGGGGGCUAUUGUAAAAUACAUAAAUAUACGACCAUUGUUAUUCCCAUUUAAGGUGAUUAUUGUUAAUUGUUUAUUGCUACGUUGUUAAUAAUCAUCAUGUGUAAAUGACCAUAUCUACAAACUAAGGUGAUUGCAAUGGUAACAUGUUCAUUCCUUUGGUGUUAAUGUAACGUAAUACAUAUGUACAUUGAAUGUCAUUUGUCUCAGAAAAAAACUGGGAAGCAUUGUUUCUCAAAUGUGGAUCUACCUUUCUAAAUUCAGAUGUCAUAAAACGUUGGUGCUACAACA